AUGCAGGGCGUUCGUGAAGAUGCAGGCGUUGGACUGUCGCAAAAACGGAUUGUGCUGCGCCACAUUAAUGCACUGACGUCGGCGAUGCGCACAAGUCCACGUUGGGCUCAGUCAUCAAAUGCGUCGAAUGCUAUCCUCAGCUCGGCAACGACCAGUCCAUCGGCACUGAGUCUCACAAGAGCUGCACACCUACUUGCUCAAUCUGAGUUGUAUUCAAAAGAGAAAGAGGACGAUGACGCAGAUGACAACACACGAACAGAGCCAGCGAGUGUGGGCUUGCUGGGUGGAUUCACUGUGCUUCGUGCGCAACUGAGAAUGGUAUCAGGUACGUAUCGUAAGCACAUGGACCGUGGGGAAAAGUCGGAAUGGACAGCCUUGGAGGCUGUGACGGCAUUUUUAGAACGUGGGUUCUUUCGUUCAUCCAGCAUCGGCUUGGAACAGGCCGUGCAGGAUGUGGCUCAUGCCGUGAGUCAUUGCCGCUUUGAGCCGUCGGAUGCCAACAAGGAUGAGGUGGUGCUUCUUGCGAUUCUCGACCUCAUGUAUGCGCUCGUGUGCGGUCGAGUUGCCUAUGACAGCCUUGACAAGAAUGUGUUUGGAGAAUCCUCGCACGAGCAUGCCGCGCCGAGGACACGCGCGGGCGUGCCACUGAUCGAUAUGCUAGGCGAUGAGGGUGUUUGCGAGCUCAUGGAAACGUGCUUGAGCAUGUGCUGUCAAACGCGGCUCAGCACGGCGCUUCGCCGGACGGCCGAGCGCCAAAUGCUUGGUAUGAUCCGCGAGAUAUUUUCGCGGCUGCGGAAUAUGCCACUGGAGGCAGAUGAAGCCUUGAAUGUAAGCGGGCGUGUGCAAGAGCCGGAACUUGCGACUUUGACGGCCGAUCGCGUCGGUGCAGAUGCCGAGGAUGAUCGCCGGAUCCGCAUGUGUAUGCCAGAUCCCAAGAGCCGCUCGAUCCCAGCGGCUGGUGGUGGUUCUGACACGGAUGCGGCGUCAGCAGAGCGUAGGGAGCCCAGUGCGCAAGAGGAUGGCAAUGAAGCAGUACACACGAGGAAGGAUGCGUUCCAGGAGAACGAGGCAGUACUGGCAGACACGUCGACACCGAAAGAUCUGGCGCCUGUGACUGACGCUACGAAUGCUUCUGCCACGCCCGAAGAUUCAUCGACACCCCAACUGGCUGAUGCGAAGAGCUCCGUCGACGUGAUGCGUUCUCCACCCCAGCCUGGUAGUCACGAAGUGAUUGAUGAGGCACCUGCACGCCAGGUGGUCUCUGAAGCGCCGUUCGGCAUGCCAGCUCUCAAAGAGAUUUUGCGAGUCCUUAUUUCACUACUUGAUCCGGCAAGUGUACGUCACACGAUGACGAUGCGUCUGCUGGGACUUUCGCUACUUGGUGCACUGCUGGACACGCACAGUGCGGACAUUGCCCGCUUUCCGUCACUGCGUGCGCUGCUGGAAGACUCGGCGUGCCGCUAUUUGUUCCAGCUCGCGAAUAGCGAGCAUGCUGUGCUCGUUGCCAACAGCCUGCGGGUGCUGACGAUUCUCUUUGACGAACUGCGCACGCAUCUCAAGAUGCAGCAGGAGCUGUUGAUCGAGUUCUUUCUUCAGCAGCUGCGGCCGACCGUACCUUGGUCCGCUGCGCCUUGGUCCGACGAUGCCAGCAAGCCAGAGCCACCGCCGCAACUCACGGCGUUCCGUUCGUGUGCCGUGGGUGAGAUGCGGGAACUCUUUGUCGAGGCGCUGUGCAGUCACCUUGCCGUCGACGAUGGCGAGCCCGAUACCUUUGUGAUGUUGUGGCGCAACUACGAUUGCGAUAUGACUUGCUCCAACGUGUACGAUGAAGUGACGCAGUUCCUGUGCCGGGCGAUCUUUGCGCAGCCGGCUGCUGGUCCCUCGCCGCGCACGUCGUUCUCGGGACUGCAGCUCGUUGCGCUGGAUCUGUUGCUGAGUCUCAUUGAGCGCAUGGCCGCUCGGCAUGAAAAUGUGCUGCCAGACACCGAAGGCAGCUCGCUGCAGAGUACACUGCGGGCGCGCCGUGAGCGGAAAUCACUCUUGGCGGCGGGCGCGGCUGCCUUCAAUCACAAGCCGAAGGACGGCAUUGCGUUUCUCGCGGAGCAGAACCUCCUCGCUCACUCUGGUCGGGAACGAGCACGCAGCAUUGCUUACUUUCUCAAAGACUCGCCGCUCGUCGAUAAGCGUUUGCUGGGCGACUACAUAUCACGAGCUGAGAACGUGGAUGUGCUCGCGGAAUUCAUCGACCUCUUCGACUUCCGUGAGUGUGAUGUGGCCGAGGCCAUGCGUGCGUUGUGUGAGGCGUUCCGCCUUCCUGGCGAGGCCCAACAGAUUGCGCGCGUCACAGAGACGUUUGCGCGCAAGUACUUCUCGACGAAGCCGCCAGGCAUCCGCAGCGAGGAUGCCGUGUACGUGCUAGCGUAUAGCAUCAUUAUGCUCAACACGGAUUUGCACAAUCCGCAAGUGACGCGUCGCAUGUCGACGGCCGACUACCAGCGCAAUCUGCGGGGUGUGAAUGAUGGCGCAGACUUUGACCAGGAGUAUCUUGCCUCGAUUUACGACGGCAUUCGCCGCCGAGAGAUCGUCAUGCCGGAGGAGCAUGCCGGGCAGCUGGGCUUCGACUACUCGUGGAAGGAGCUUCUUCGUCGCGCUCGGGCGGGGAAUGAGCUCUGUGCGACACACGGUGUCGAUCUCGAUGCCGACAUGUUCCGUCACAGUUGGCGUCCAUUUGUCGCAAGCAUCGUGCACGCAUUCUCAACGCUGCAAGACGAGCAUCUCCUUCAACGGGUCAUUGCUGGCUGCAGGCAGUGUGCGGUGCUUGCGCGGGCGUACGACGUGUCAGAAGUCUUUGACUACAUGGUACAGCAUCUAGCGUCUGCGACAGGGCUGAUGAAUGUGGAUCUCGCUCACGACGCAGCCGCGAAUGCAUCUGUCGAGCACGAAGGCGCACAAGUGAUGGUGUCGCCGCUCAGCAUUGCAUUCGGCAGCCAGUUCAAGCAGCAGUUGGCUGCCGUCGUUUUGUUUACGAUCGCUCACAGUCACGGCGCAUCGCUGGACCGCAGCUGGACCAGUCUGCUCACAUGCAUCGAAAGCCUGCUCCUUAAUGGACUCCUGCCACACAGUGUGGCUUCGAUGUACGAGUCGCGCGAUGUGCGUGUGCCGAUCCCACUUAAGGGCAAGAGUGCUGCGCCGCCAGCUGCUCCCUCAACCAGCACAGGCCUGCUCUCGACGCUCUCAAGCUACUUUCUCUCGCCACAUGGCAUGGCUGUCGAGCCGAUGGACGUAAGUGCAGCGGACAUGGAAAGCACGCUGUGUACGCUCGACUGCCUAGCUUCAUGCAAGCUAGACCAGAUGCAUGAGCAAGUCCUCACACUUCCUGAUGCAUCACUUGAUGCCUAUCUCGUUGCUGUACACACUCGCCUUGAAAAUGCGCGGAAAGGCCCCGAGUUCAGUCCGCUCCCUGUCUUUUGGCUUGAGCAGCUGGCGAGCGUGGCCGGUGCACGCGCCUCGCUCCUUGCCAAGCACGGUGCGCGCGCGAUGGAUGCACAUCUCUCGCGCCUGCAUCAGGCGCCGCGUGUGCCGCCGAUCGAGUUGGAGCGCGCUGUUGUUGGUGCCAUGCGUCUCGUCGCUGCGCACGUCAAGUGGGGCACCGAUGCACACAGUCCGCUGCUCGCUGUGUUACAAGCACUUCGAGGUGUGCCGAGUUCGCUGCAUGUGUAUGUAGCUGGGGCGUUUCUCCAUGGACUGGACGAGCUUGUGUGCAUGGACCAAGACGAUCAUCGUCCACGCACCCAUCCUGACGAACCAUGCCUGCCACUGGUCACGGAAGACGAGUGGCGCUCGCUCCUGCACCUGAUGGCCUCAUACGCGCGCGUCAAGCGCGCACGCGCUGCUCGCGCCGCUCUGUCGCUCGCGAUACACAUGCUGCCACAUGCCAGUGUCGUGACGUAUGCGGUCCUGGUCGAGAUGAUCCGCGAGACACUGUCGAGUGCAGAUCGUGCCUCGUGGCACGGCGAAGAUCAUACGCCUCGCCGUACACUCACAGAAAAGCGUGAGAUCAGCGAUUGGAUCACCUCCGUCCACGCACUGAGCACACCGGCCCUCGAAGGCCUGGCGAGCGUGCGAACAAGAAUCCCCGCAUUGAUGAAAGCAGCAGCAGCGUCUAACGAAGCCGCCGUGUCGACGGCUUGGCCUGAGUUUUGGCUCCCGCUUAUAGCUGCAUUGGCACAGCCGUGCGUAAGUGUACACCGCGCCACACGGAAGGCAGCCGUGCUACAUCUGCAACAUGUGGUCUUGGCUCCUGACAUGCUUACUGAUGUGGAGCCCGCACAGGUGGCACCACACCUCGAUGCCAUGUUUGGGAAUAUCCUAUUGCCCCUACUAGAGACGCUCGUGGCACCCGAGACUGCGCGUGCCGACUCACUGGGCCCAGAAUCAAACCCUGGCAUCACACUUGCCGAGACACGCACACUCGUGUGUCUGCUCGUGAACCGCGCGUGGGUACGAGACGUCGGCGUCUUGAUGGAAGGCGUGCCGAAUGAUGUGGAGAAACCUGCCGCUGCUCGUGUGCUUCGAUUGUGGAUGGGUGUGGUGCAAUCGACGAUCAAAAUUCUCCAAAUGGCCCCGAAGCAGCAACCACAGACUGAGGCCAUUGACGAGCAACUAAAGAAUAUGAUUCUUGUUAUGCAUACGGCCGGUCACCUGGUCGAUGGCCCGCCUGGAUCCCUCCGCCGGGCUCUCUGGGUCGAGACGUGGCGUCGUGUGGACUCGGUCCGGCCUGCGCUUCGGCCCAUGCUCAAAGAGUCUGUGGUACGAGCGCCAGCAUCUCAACAAACACCCUCAUCACAUGUGUCAGCGUCAGCGGCGGUGCCAACCACCACCACACCGGUGGCUGACACUGCACCUGCGCCAUCGUCCUCCUCUUCUUUAACGGCGUCUACAGCUCCCCAUGCUAUGCCUACUAUGCCUACUAUGCCCCGUAUGCCCUCCAUGCCACCUAUGCCGCCAAUGCCGACCGUCUCGCGGAUGUCGCCAUCCCAGCCGCGUUCACCGCAGUAA